GCUGCCGCAUCACAGCUUCUUUUGCUGAUGUGCGCAAAGUGGCAGAAGCUAACGUUACAUGAUGCUCUCUACCCCCGCUGCUGGAGUUCUCUUACUAUUAGCUUGGAUUCAUCCAAGUUACGCACUGUAUUUCCACAUAGGAGAGACAGAGAAAAAAUGCUUCAUUGAAGAAAUCCCAGACGAGACCAUGGUUAUUGGAAAGUACAGGACUCAGCUGUGGGACAAGCAGACCAGUUCCUUCCUCCCAUCCACCCCGGGCCUUGGGAUGCAUGUGGAGAUCAAGGAUCCGGAUACAAAGAUUAUCCUUUCUCGCCAGUAUGGCUCAGACGGACGCUUUACCUUCACCUCCCACACUCCUGGAGAACAUCAGAUCUGUUUGCACUCCAACUCCACCAAGAUGGCUCUCUUUGCAGGAGGGAAACUGAGAGUGCAUCUGGAUAUUCAGGUCGGAGAACAUACCAACAACUACCCCGAAAUUGCAGCUAAGGACAAACUGACUGAGCUGCAGCUGCGAGUCCGACAGCUGGUGGAGCAAGUCGAACAGAUCCAGAAGGAGCAGAACUACCAGAGGUAUCGCGAGGAGCGCUUUCGCAUGACGAGCGAGAGCACCAACCAGCGAGUCCUCUGGUGGUCCAUUGCUCAGACGCUUAUCCUCAUCAUCACCGGCAUCUGGCAGAUGAAACAUCUCAAAAGCUUCUUUGAGGCCAAGAAACUGGUGUAAUGUCUUUCUGGUCACCAUUAGGAAGCAACACAAGCUGACAACACAGACUUGCCUGAGCGGAAUGGAGAGAUGGCCACCGACAGGAGAAGACAAGUGGUCUUAAUAUCAGCCCUAAACGGUACGAGUAGUUAUCAAUCCCAGGCAAUGUGUUUUCCUUGUAAAUGUUUUUGGCUAUUGUUAUUUUUCCGUUAGCACCACCACAGUAGCAAAACAUUCCAAUUGCCUUUUCUUGUUGUGUUGUUUCUUGACAACACUGAACGUCAUUUUUCUAUCUUCAUGUGCAAGAAGAAGUAGAGACAUCAUCAGUGAAGUGAGACUGUUUCUUAUGGUUAUACAGGAGUAAGAAUGAGAAUGUUAAAGCUGGUACGAGUAAUAACCGAGUAGUUUACUGAUUUUACAUAGGCCAUUGUUUGUCAUUGUUAGUGUUGCACAUAGUUUUAUUUCCAGGUUUUGUAUCUUAACCAUAUGCUUUCAGCUGUGUCACACAAAUAUUAUCCCCUAGCCUUGAUUUCUUACAAGUCCAUCUGAUAAUGCUCUAUUCAAACUAAUUCUAAUUUAAAUUGAGCAUUUAUAAGCCAUAUAUAAGCCCUUAAUAAAUGGUUUCUAACACACUUAUAUAGUUGUAAGCAGCACUGAGGACAUUUUAACGUGGUUAUUAAUGUCUUUGUAAACAAUUAUAACCUCCCAUGAAGCAUUCA